GCCGGUGCGCCUUCAACCAAGAUGGCGGCGGCGGUGGAGUUCAGGCUGCCCGCAGCGCGGAAGCCUCUCGCGCCCAGCCUGUCCCGGGGCGGCGGCGGCGGCGGCGGCGGCGGGGAGCGGGACUUAGUGGUCCCCGGGGACACCAUCACCACGGACCCGGGAUACAUGCGGGGUCACGGAACCUACCUGGGGGAGGAGAAGCUGGUCGCUUCGGUGGCUGGAGUUGUGGAGAGAGUGAACAAAUUGGUGUGUGUGAAAGCGUUGAAAACCAGGUACAAUGGUGAGGUUGGAGACAUUGUGGUUGGGCGAAUUACAGAGGUUCAGCAGAAACGAUGGAAGGUGGAGACCAACUCGAGACUCGAAUCUGUGCUGCUGUUGUCUUCCAUGAAUCUUCCAGGUGGAGAGUUGAGACGCCGGUCUGCGGAAGAUGAGUUGGCCAUGAGAGAUUUCCUCCAAGAAGGAGACCUUGUCAGCGCCGAGGUCCAAGCGGUGUUUUCCGAUGGGGCGGUCUCAUUGCACACUCGAAGUCUCAAAUACGGGAAGCUGGGCCAGGGGGUCCUAGUCCAGGUCUCUCCAUCCCUGGUGAAACGUCAGAAAACUCACUUCCACGACUUGCCGUGUGGGGCCUCCAUCAUCCUCGGCAACAAUGGCUUCAUCUGGAUUUACCCCACCCCUGAGCAGAAAGAGGACGAGGCUGGGGGCUUCGUGGCUAAUCUGGAGCCGGUGCCCCUGUCUGACCGCGAGGUCAUCUCCCGCCUCCGGAACUGCCUCCUGGCGCUCGUCUCCCAGAAGAUGACUUUGUACGACACCAGCAUCCUCUACUGUUACGAAGCUUCUCUUCCUCACCAGAUCAAAGACCUUCUCAAACCAGAAGUGGUGGAGGAGAUUGUGUUGGAGACACGCCAGAGGCUCCUGGAGUUGGAAGGAUGAUGGUAGAGAAGGAGUGGUGGAGCGGCAAGGGUUCCUUCCUUCCUUCCUUCCACCCAUCCAUCCAUCCAUCCAUCUCAUCUUCCUUCUUUUCUUCCCUCCCUCUCUUU